CAGAUUGACGCGUGAGCGACUGUCAACGGGCCAGCUGAGCGCAAAAGAGUGAACAGCGAACUGGGCUAGAAGUUCAGUAGACCAGCACAACCAACGCAACGAAGGAAACUUUGAGAGCGGACCCUAUUUUAUCCAACUUCUAAAGCAUUUGUAGGCUAAAGGUUGUGGAUUGUAGGCUUACCUUUAGUGAAUCGGUGAAAAGGCUGUACAAUCCUUGGCAGUGUUCUGAGACUGUACAGCUGCCUACUGCUUCUGAAAGACAACUUGCUUCUGAAAUGGACUGUGCGUAAAGAGCAGAGAAAUUACUUCAUCUCGAUCUGACUUUCAAUAUUUUUCAUUGUGAAUGUUAUUUGUUACUUGAAAAUUGUUGCGUAAAGUGGACUGAUUCGGACUUUCGGGGAAAUUCCAUUUGUCACUGAACUUUGCAAAAGAAAACAUGACGGCUGAUAAGGACAAGAAAAGGAGCAGUUCGGAACGGCGGAAGGAGAAGUCUCGUGACGCGGCACGCUGUCGUCGAAGUAAGGAGACAGAGGGGUUCUACGAGCUGGCCCAUCAGCUGCCCCUCCCACACAGCGUCAGCUCCCACUUGGACAAAGCCUCCAUCAUGAGACUGGCCAUCAGCUUCCUGCGCACCCGCAAGGUCGUCGGCCCAGGCUGCUCCAACGGUGCAGAGACUGAGGAGGACAGACAGACGGACAGUAUGUAUUUGAAGUCACUGGAGGGGUUUGUCACUGUGGUUACAUCAGACGGCGACAUGAUCUUCCUCUCAGAAAACAUCAACAAGUUCAUGGGCUUAACACAGGUAGAGUUGACUGGACAAAGCAUCUUUGACUUCACCCACCCCUGCGACCACGAUGAGAUUCGCGAGAACCUGAGUCUGAAAAAUGGCACUGGGAAGAAGGGGAAAGCCUUGAGCACUGAGAGAGACUUCUUCAUGAGGAUGAAGUGCACAGUGACAAACCGUGGACGCACUGUCAACCUGAAAUCAGCCAGCUGGAAAGUUCUGCACUGCACUGGCCACCUGAAGGUGUACAGCAGUUGCGCCCCUCAUGGGCUGUGUGGGUUCAAGGAGCCUCCUCUCACCUGCCUGGUGAUGAUGUGUGAGCCAAUCCCCCACCCCUCCAACAUCGACACGCCCCUGGACAGCAAGACCUUCCUGAGCCGCCACAGCAUGGACAUGAAGUUCACCUACUGCGACGACAGAGUCAAUGAGCUGAUGGGCUACAGUCCUGAAGAUCUGUUGGGCCGCUCUGUCUAUGAGUUCUACCACGCUUUGGACUCUGACAGUGUCACCAAGAGCCACCAGAACCUGUGCAGUAAAGGUCAGGCAGUGAGUGGACAGUAUCGUAUGCUGGCCAAACAUGGAGGCUACGUGUGGGUUGAGACCCAGGGCACAGUAAUCUACAACAGCCGGAAUUCCCAGCCGCAGUGCAUCGUUUGUGUCAACUUCGUCCUCAGUGACGUGGAGAACAAGUCCAUGAUCUUCUCCAUGGACCAGACUGAGUCUCUGUUCAAGCCACACCACAUGAACAGUUUCUUCACCCAGAGUGGUGCUGCGGUGGCCACGGAGCCCAUCAAGACCCUGUUCACCAAACUCAAAGAGGAGCCAGAAGACCUUGCUCAGCUGGCCCCCACACCUGGAGACGCCGUCAUCACCCUUGACUUUGGAAGGCCACCGUUUGAGGAGCCUCAUCCUCCUCUUUACCCCAAGAUGUCUCCCAUGCCCCCUCCGGCCCCCCAGGGCUGGGGCAGUGAUGCCCACAAGCCCUGCCCGGCAGGAGACAUGUCCAACCACAUGGCUGCCACCUUCUCAGUGCCCCAGAACCCCACACCAGGCAGCGCCACCCCCAGCACUGCCCCCCCUAGCCUGAGCAGUUGUUCCACGCCCAGCAGCCCAGGGGAUUACUACAGCGAGAGAGAGAGUGACCUGAAGGUAGAGCUGACUGAGAAGCUCUUUGCUCUGGACACAGAGGGGCCCAAGAGCCCCGGCAGCACCCAGUCGGUCCUGAGUGAUUUGGAUCUGGAGACCCUGGCUCCAUACAUCCCCAUGGACGGAGAAGACUUCCAACUCCACCCCAUCAUUACUGAAGAGGCCCCUGGAGGCACCGAGGGGGCCGCUGACCAAAUGGGACACCGCACCACACAGAACGGGUUCAGCAACAUCGCCAGCCUCUUCCAGCCCCUGGGAUCCCCACAGUCUGCCCACUACCAGCCCGCCAAGUGGGCCCCAGGAGACAAGAGAGGCCCCAACCACAGUGAAAUAAGCCCCAUGGACUCCAGGCCUACUCUGCCCUACACAGGCCCUGCACAGAUCACCCCCUACCACACCCUAGCCAGCACCCCUUUGUCCUCCAUGGGCGGACGUCAGAACCUGCAGUGGCCCCCCGAUCCCCCGUUACACUACCAACAACAAGUGGACGCCAUGGGCGGAAGCAACUCAUGUCAGAACAUGCCGGUCAACAGAAUGCACAAGCAGAGGUCAAUGGAGAACUUUGUCCAGGCCUACAGAGACAUGAGUCCUGCUAGAAUCGCCAUAGCCAACAACUUCAAGCGCUCCUUCACGCAAAUGGCAGUGGGUGACUCCACCCUGAGUACGCCAUCAGAGAUGAUGUGGAAGAGGAUGAGGAAUGAAAGCUGUGCCAUCCUGGAUAGAUCUCUCAGCACCAGCUCACUGGCAGAUAAAGGUAUGUGCAUACAUGGGGGUGUUGACCAGUGUCUCAGCCCCCUUCAACGGCACAGGAAGUCCCAGUAUCCAGGAUGUGGAAACAGUGCACCUAAAAAAGCCUUCCCCGAACAGUGGUGCAACUACAGAGAAUACCGUAUGCUGCCCUCUCCCAAGACAGAGGGGGUUGCCAGUCGGCUGUUGGGCCCGUCCUUUGAGACCUAUUGUUUGCCAGAGCUCACCCGCUACGACUGCGAGGUCAAUGUCCCUCUCCAAGGCAACCUGCACUUGCUUCAGGGCAGUGACCUACUGAGAGCCUUGGACCAGGCCACCUAGACCCAGCCCUACACCCCCUACUGCAUUUCCCUACCCUGGACCAGGCCACCUAGACCCAGCCCUUACACCCCCUACUCCCCUACCCUACCCUCCCCUGGACAAGGCCACCUAGACCCAGCCCUACACCCCCUACUCCCCUACCCUACCCUGGACCAGGCCACCUAGACCCAGCUCUACACCCCUACCCCCCUACCCUACCCUCCUCUGGACCAGGCCACCUAGACCCAACCCUACACCCCCUACUCCCCUACCCUACCCUCCACUGGACAAGGCCACCUAGACCCAGCCAUACACCCCCUACUCCCCCACCUGCCCACUCUACCCUACCCAGCCCUGGACCAGGCCUCCGAGACGCAGACAUAUACCCCCUACCGUACUUUAUCUUACCCUACCUAGACAUAGCCCUCACCAACCUCACCUCUACCCAUCCUUACCCUCCAAUAGUCUUAGCCAAUACACCCUAGACUAACACAUCUCUCGAAAACACUGACUGACACCUCAGCCAAGCCGAUUCCCCUGUCCUAACGUCCUGGCACAUCUAACAUAGUACUACUCAACCAUGCCCCCCACCCACCCUACCAUACCAAGCCCCAUACAAACCUGUUUCAUCGUCAAAGCCACACAUACCCUGCCUCCUCCUCAUCCAUCCACCCUACUGCCCCUAUGUAUCAUUAGAAAAACGUGUGGCUUCUGUUCUAUUUUUGUUGUCUUUAUCAUCAUAAAUUAUAUACGUGUAUAAUUCUUAGUUAUUAGUCUAUUUCUGUUAAACAAUUUGAUCUGUUUCAGUGUUCUCAAGCUCUAUUCUGUCCCCCCAAUUGUGUGAUCUGUAGCCUACUUUUCUUCUUUCACCAUGUCUGUCUGUCUGUCUGUCUGUCUGUCUGUCUGUCUGUCUGUCUGUCUGUCUGUCUGUCUGUCUGUCUGUCUGUACGACGCUGUCAUAGACACACUAACAAACAAAACAGUCUGAAAUCCAGAUUAAGCUUCACCGAAUGUAAGCAUAACACCCAGGUUUUUUUUAAAUAAACUUUUUUGUUGUUCUUUUACUACCCUUUCCCCAUUCCUUACUGUCUAGUUUCCUUCAGUCACUGGUGUCUGUUUGCAUGUUUCUAUUGUUCCCUCAGUGUGAGCUCACUGGAUAGUUACAGUACUUGCCAUGAAGUUGAUUGGUCAAAUCAGAGCGUGCCUCCAACAUAGGGAGGAGAGUGCUAUUUUUGGUACCUUUUUCAUGGCAUUAGAAGUCAUAUCAGAAUCAGAGAGACAUUGGCCUAGAUCACAGGAGGGUGGUGACGGGAGGACGGCUCAUAAUAAUGACUGUAAUACCAUUUAAUUCAUUCCAUUCCAGCCAUUACUAUGAGCCCAUUCACUCCAAUAAAGGUGCCAGCAGCCACCUGUGGCCUAGAUUCACUAAGAUCAAGCGUUAACCAGUGAUAGCCGACACCCGCACAGCUGGCGUUUUAGCCGUGUCGCAGGUUUAACUGUGUUGCAGCUGUUAAGUAAGAGAGGUUGCUCGUGUGGUCAUUGUCACGAAGCCACACCGGUCCCACUCGCAUUACAAGUUCAGAAUGAGUAAGUCUAGGCUAUAUAGAAAUUACAUGACACUCAAAUUGAGAAUCAUUAAACUAAAUAAUUAGGAUUUCUAUCAGCCUAAUCAAGGUGUAAAUUAAAUAUCACAUUCCAGCGUUUGAACUUGUAAACAAGUUGUAAACAAGGUUGCAUGGAAUUUCUCUUAAUGCGACUCCGUGUAGCCAAUGGCAAUGUCCUCCUUUAGGUAUAAAGAACCUAAAGGAGGACGAACACUUCCUUAGUUUAAGAGAUGGCAACUCGCUAUUGACAUUGAGACUCUUUUUCUGUAUUCCUUCUCUUUCUAUUUCAUUCUCAUUUUUAGGUCUUUGUCUUUUGUGUGGUGACCACUUAAAAGUUUGAAUUUAGCUUCGUACACACAUAUAUGUAUUUAAAGACAGAAGCUAUAAAGUUUCUACUAUAAUGUCAAGAUAGUGUUUUAGUGUUUAUGUGCCUUGGUACUUUGUCUUAUCUACCCAGUAGAUGCAGAUUGUAUUCCUGUGUUUUAGAUGUUACUCCAUAGUGCUGGUGUCUGUUUUGUUUUUUGUUUUUUCCAGAGUGUAUGCACAAGUAUAAUGAAAUUGUUAGCAGGCCAGUACUGAUCUGUUGUUGCGCUUUAAAGAAAAAAGGAAAUGGAGGGGGAAAAAACGAUAACAUUUUCUAAGUUCCACUUUUGACAUGUAGCAUUUUGAAUAUUGUAAACAAAAGAAAUUGACACAAAAGUAAUAUCUUUCAACAGUAUCUAAACAGGUGAUGGUGCUUUAUAGAUAUAACCAUCUUGCAUUUGUAGAGGCAACUUUAUAUGUUUCAUGGAUCCACUUUCAGUAACACUGUAUUUUGAUGUUAUUGUUCAUUUUUCUUGCUGAGAUUGUCUUUAAAGGUGAUUCAUAACAGACAUGAUGUGCCUUAACAUUGCCUUAAGGUUGUCUCAAUGUUGAUUCAGCCCAGUGUUAUGCCCUUCAAAUGCACAGAUUGUAGACGUAGACGUACAGUAGAUUGUCCAAUAAAACUACACUAGCCUAUACAAAUCCAGAUGUUUAGCUUGGAGAGCUCUAGUGUCAGAUCCAGUAUGUUGAGUAGAUGUAAUUAGAAGUCCAGUCCAAACAGAGAGACGCUCUAAAGGAGAGAAUUUUAGAAAGAUAAAGAAUCAGAUUCAGCACGUCGACCUAUGUGUCUGGCACUGUGUUGAUUUAUUGCGGGUUUAGGUUGUUAAUAAGAAACCAGAGGCUGUAAUUUGGUGUAGAGGGUGUUAAAUUAGUGAGGGUGAUACACUAAACACUUUAAAGACCAAUGGUCAAUAUCAAAUACUCAGGCACUUCCCUUGACAGCUUGGCAGAACAUGUUUUGUCAAUACAAAAAUCUCAAAAUUUAAACGGUUGAAUCUAAGAUUAUUUCUGGGUUAGAUGGCGCAAUAGUUAAAUAUAGACUUAGAGCAAUGUGCGGCAGAUACCUGUUGAAACCUGUUGAAACAGAUGCAGGUGGUGAUAGAGCUAUGAGACAGAGACGGAGAUAGAAGUGAGAUGGAUAACUGAGGGACAGAUAGAGAGGGACUGUGGUGCUGAACUGUGACUGACAGAGAGGGAUACAUCCUGCUCAGCCUGCCCACUGAUGCACUGAUCUCUUCACACGCUACUUCACUCAGUAGUCAGCUCAUCUCUCUCUCUCGGUCUCGCUCUCUAGCUCUCCCCCCCUCUCUCAUCCCUCUCGCUCUUUCUCUUUCCCUCCCACGUUCAUUUUAAGGUACAUCCCUGCCAAGUUUAGCCACCUUGUCAACUCUAGCGCAUUCUAACAAAGACAAAACAUUGCUUCCACUGUUAAUGGAAAUAUAUCGACACAGUGAGUUCCUCCAAAGACAUGAGAAAAUAUGCUCCUUGUUUUCGUUGAGCCAAAGUGAAUGGAAUGUGGGACGUUUCCUCAAAUUACCCACAUCCCAGAUAAAUUAAACACAAGGAUAAAAUGUUAGGAUGUAUAAUUGUAUGUGUUUAUUUAUUUUGUGGGAACAAUGACAAAUUACAGAUAGUUAGAUCAGACCACUCUGUUAGCUGACAAGUAUCUGGUUUUGGUCCCUAUAUGCGCUGUCUAAAACCCCCAGAUAUGCAGUAUUUAACAUGCAAAAGCAAGCAAAAGUCCCAUGCUUUGCAUUUGUUAUAUUAAACUUAUAUGAGAUUAAAUGUCUCGUUAUUACUUGAAUUCUAAGCAUUUGAAGAAAACCAAAGUUAGAUAGAGAUUAAGUUCUCUGCCUCGCUGGCCACUCUCCUGUUCCUGAUGGAGAGGAGGCUGGCCGCGCUCCUGUUCCUGACGGAGAGGAGGCUGGCCGCGCUCCUGUUCCUGACGGAGAGAAGGCUGGCCGCGCUCCUGUUCCUGACGGAGAGGAGGCUGGCCGCGCUCCUGUUCCUGACGGAGAGGAGGCUGGCCGCGCUCCUGUUCCUGACGGAGAGGAGGCUGGCCGCGCUCCUGUUCCUGACGGAGAGGAGGCUGGCCACGCUCCUUUUCCUGACAGAGAGGAGUCUGGGAUGUCAGAUGGAACUGCAGAUGGGGUGUGGCCUAAAUUGUGCUCCUGUAUGUGAAAUGAGUAGGCUAGAGGGAAGUCCCAAAAUGGUAACUGCAGAAGGAAGGCUAUCCACCAGUCCUAGCUGUAGCUACUGUGACACUUGAAGGGCCCAAAAAGUAAACAUACAAAUAUGAAUAAUUGAACAAUCUCAGUUCUCGUCCUCUUUAAAGACAAUAUCAGCAUUCUAGGCUACUAAAUAUAAUGAGGGUUGUUUUUUCCUUGGGAUAUGUUCUGCUUUUAUCCAUUACAUUUGUGGAUGUCUUAUAGUUAUUUUAGAUCAGUGGUUUCCAACCUUUUUUGGUUACCGUACCACCAACUGAAUUUUGCUCUGCCCGGAGUAACACUGAAGUACCCCCUCAUGUGCAUUUGACCAGUAACCCUAUGGUCUCAUGAGCAUUUUACCAGUAACCCUAUGGUCUCAUGUGCAUUUUACCAGUAACCCUAUGGUCUCAUGAGCAUUUUACCAGUAACCCUAUGGUCUCAUGUGCAUUUUACCAGUAACCCUAUGGUCUCAUGUGCAUUUUACCAGUAACCCUAUGGUCUCAUGUGCAUUUUACCAGUAACCCUAUGGUCUCAUGCACAUUUUACCAGUAACCCUAUGGUCUCAUGUGCAUUUUACCAGUAACCCUAUGGUCUCAUGUGCAUUUUACCAGUAACCCUAUGGUCUCAUGCACAUUUUACCAGUAACCCUAUGGUCUCAUGUGCAUUUUACCAGUAACCCUAUGGUCUCAUGUGCAUUUUACCAGUAACCCUAUGGUCUCAUGCGCAUUUUACCAGUAACCCUAUGGUCUCAUGUGCAUUUUACCAGUAACCCUAUGGUCUCAUGUGCAUUUUACCAGUAACCCUAUGGUCUCAUGUGCAUUUUACCAGUAACCCUAUGGUCUCAUGUGCAUUUUACCAGUAACCCUAUGGUCUCAUGUGCAUUUUACCAGUAACCCUAUGGUCUCAUGUGCAUUUUACCAGUAACCCUAUGGUCUCAUGUGCAUUUUACCAGUAACCCUAUGGUCUCAUGUGCAUUUUACCAGUAACCCUGGUCUCAUGUGCAUUUUACCAGUAACCCUAUGGUCUCAUGUGCAUUUUACCAGUAACCCUAUGGUCUCAUGUGCAUUUUACCAGUAACCCUAUGGUCUCAUGUGCAUUUUACCAGUAACCCUAUGGUCUCAUGUGCAUUUUACCAGUAACCCUAUGGUCUCAUGUGCAUUUUACCAGUAAGCCUAUGGUCUCAUGUGCAUUUUACCAGUAAGCCUAUGGUCUCAUGUGCAUUUUACCAGUAAGCCUAUGGUCUCAUGUGCAUUUUACCAGUAACCCUGUGGAUACGCCAAGUACCCCCAGGAGUCCUAGUACCCCUGGUUGGGAACCACUGUUUUAGAUGAUCCUAUGAUUUAUAUUGAAUUCAUAUUGACAUUAUUAUAUUGUUAUUAUUUUUGUUAUUACUGUAUGGGGAACUGAACCCAAUAAGAAGACGUAUUUCUGCACUGAUAUCUUAUUAAAGCGUACUGAUCUUA